AAUUUCAGAUUUUGUUCAGAGUUUUGUUGGCAAGACCAUGUACAUUCUUAUCAAAAUCCUCUAUAUCUGGAUAUUAACUAAAACGUUUACAUCAGCAUCAGGAAUUGUUCACAUGACUCAGAAUUCUCUGAACGGCGCAAAAUUCUAUGAGUUUCGAAGAUCCCCGCAAAAAAUUCGUGACAGUUUUGAAAUAAAAGCUUCGGGCAACUUCACACCUACAGUAAUAUGUGAUUCGGAUCAGAUUGGGCUAGCGUUGAACGAAAAUUUUGCGGAUAUUCGAAUGUUUUCAGCAGACCAUUCUCAUCAUCCAGACUGUAUACGACGGUUCUCUUUGGAGCUUGAUCCGCAGUUUGUAACAAGGAUAGAUGGACCAUGUGGAGUGCGGAGGGCAUAUAAGGGAGUUCCUUCAUCCUUCGUGACCUACUCAAUUCGACUUAUUGUGUCCCACAACUCCGAUGAGCUCACCGAAUUUGAUAAAAUAUAUGACGUCACCUGCUCCUUGCACUUAAAAACGAUGGCCGUGGAAACGUCGUAUGAUAUUAUAUCACCACAAACUACAACAAUCUCAUCCUCUACAGUUCAUUCGAGAGCUGGACCAGGACCAAAAUGCAAAUACUCACUGCAUCACACCAGAGUUGGAGGGCCCAGAACAGUUUCAGCGCAUGUUGGAGAAGUGGUCUACCAUCGCUGGAAGUGUGCGGCUCCUCUGUACGAAAAUAAUCGUCAGAUGCCAAUGUUAAUAUUCAAAGUUUACGCAUGUGUAGUCCAUGAUGAGAACAACAGGACAUAUGCUAUAAUUGACGAUAACGGGUGUUCAUUAGACGAGGAAAUUAUUCCGACUCCUGAAUACGAUAUUGAAAAUGGCGUGAUUUAUACUCCAAGCAAGGCAUUUCGAUUUGCAAAUUCAAACCACGUGCAUUUCAAAUGCAUGAUUUCCGUGUGUUCAGCCGUCGAUCCCUCAUGUCGAAAUAGUGUGCCUCCGAAAUGCAAAAAUGGGUUGGCGAAGAAAAAGCGGCGACAGCUGCCCGAGGAGAUGACGAUCGAGCAGAGAUUGCUUAGAAUUCAUGAGUUAAUGAAAGUGAAAAGAGAGAAUAUUACUGUGGAAGUUGGACGGCCCACGAAAAAGCUUUUGAGUCAUGGAGCAGUACCAUUGGAAGUGGAAGAGGUUUCCUUAAAUGUGGUGAAUAGAGAAUACGAAAUAGAAAAACUUGAGCACAUUCUACGAUCCUAUCAAAUAUGGACUUGGAUUCUUUGCGUUCUCAAUGUUUUUCUGACGGUAAUAUGUGUUUUGAUGGCAUUCCGGGUGCUGAAGAAUAAGUACAUAAUGGAUAUAAAGGACAAGACGAAGACCGUGUUUAGACGAGUCCCAUUCUGAAUAAUUUAUAGAUAUUAUCAUCACGUAAACAGCAUAUUCGAACCAGCCGAACCAUUUGUGAAAGUGACUAGAAAAUAAGUUUUGUGUUGAUAAUUCGUUUGUUACCCUUAUAGUUUUUCUAGAACUUGUGUAUUUUUGUGAUUAUUGAAUUUGACUUAAUAAAGUGCCAGUGAAUUUUGAAAU